AUGUGGUCGAGCCACUGGCUCCCCUUCGGAGAGCACUCCGGGGACUUGCUCCCCAUCGGAGAGCCCUUCGGGGCAGAGCAGAAUCCGGUGUCUCGCCGCCGGCUCGCCCGCGACAUCGCCGAAAUGGUGAACGACCCUUAUCCCAACACCGAACUGACCCCCGGCCGAUGGUCACUCUAUGAGCCGUGCCUUGUUCUCAACACAGGCACCCGACUCGUGCACGUGUCUUUGAGGUUCGGCGCCGACUACCCUCGCACUCCUCCCGCCAUAUUUAUUGGUGGCCGAGCAAGACACCCAGACCCGGAUGGACUUCUUUGUUCUACGUCACUGGCGUCUAGGGACGAAGACAAAUCGGCUUACACCAUCAAGACCUUCGCGAUGCAUCUGUUGAGCAUGUUCGACGGAGACACCGAGCUUGCAGUAUCCCCCCAUGGGUUUGAGCUCAGAAUCCAGUCCGAAUGGGAGGAAUACAAGUGCAGUCGUUGCAAGCCCCCGACUACUCGUAACCCCCCGACGAUUCGUGACCUGCCGGUCGAGAUACUGAACAAAAUUCUCGAUCAUCUCGAGGUCCAAGACAUUGUGCGUUUCGGCCAAGCAUGGGAUAGGAUCGAGGAGGUCGUCGAGGCCAACGUGGCCAUCCGCGACCGCGAGCUCCAGUGCUUCGUCACCAAGGAGCACCUCACACACUCUCCACUAGGCAUCGGCGUCCGCCAUGGCGGCGGCGGCGGCGGAGACGACAACAGCAGACCGGCACCGUUCGACCUGGAGUUGGAGUUCGACCUGAUCUCCCAGACCGCUUUCCGCGAUCUCGGAAUCCGCACGUCCGCUUAUGGCUGCAGGUUUGGCGAAUGGCUGCCGCUGCCGCUGUCUGAACGACACUGGGAACAAGUCGAGGGCGACGCCCUCCAAUGCCUCGACAGGUUGGCCGAGACGAUGUACAGCGGCUUUAGACAUUCCCCGACUUCCGAUGCCCUGGACGUCCUGACCACCCUCAUGGACGCCCACGUCCUCAAGCUUUUUACCAAUGUGGAGAGACGGCAGGCAGCCGGAGGCACGUCCGGAGGAGGCGCGCGAGGGUACACAGAGCCCGCGGGCCACCUCCAAGCUUCCGAGAAGGGCAUAGAGUCGAUGUUCUUCCUAUUCCACCUCCUCUGCGUCGCAGUCGCCAGGCCCGAGCUCGUCGACAAGGCAAACAACAUGGUCAGGUCCUUCCACGCCGGCAGCCCACCCGCCCAUCACAUGCCCAGCCCGGGCCGCAUCCUCGUGGCCCUGCUGAUCUCAGAACUGGAGGUGGACACCAGCCUCAUGGUGAGCGUCGUCACCGAGGCGAUCACGCGCAACGCGCCCGCCCUGCUGACCAGGCACCCGGAGCUGUCACACCUGGAACCCGACGGCGCCGCCUCCGCGUACCGCCUCCACCACACCUUCAUGGGCGGUCUCGCUUCGUACCGCGCCCUGAUGUUCAUGGACGUCUUCCAGCGCACCGUCCGGCCGGCCACCAACGGCACGACGCUCGAGCAGGCCGCGACGCCCUCUUCCAGCGCCGCGGGCUCCCUCCCUCGGCCACCACCGCCUACCUCGCCGCCGAGACCCGCCGCAUCCUGGCCCGUGCGCUUCCUCUCGGGCUGCCUGCGCGAUGCAGUCCGCGAGGGCAUGCGCAGGGAGAACGUGUUGGCAUGGCCUCUCGAUGAGGCCGCGGUGCUGGUGCUGCGGCGCACGGCUGAGCACUGGUCCACGCUGCCGAGGACAGAGCGCCUGCCUCCUUGUCCUGAGUGGCCCCCUGAUUGGGAGAUUAUUGCCAGGGCCCAGGCGUUGGGCUACUAUCCUGAUGGCACUCCCUGA